AUGGCCAUGGACUUUUUUCUAUUCUUCGUGAGUUCUCUUGGGGUCAUAUUCGCAAGCUUAUUGCGACAAAGCUGUGACAUACCGCUAUGGUGGUUCCUUGCGCUGGUAGGACUCGUGGCCUCUAUCAGUGCCGUGCUGUAUGCCAAAAUGGCAUGGACGGAACAUGGCAGCGACAGGCCCUGGGGCGUGCUUGUCUUCCCGUAG